UUUCUUUUUAUUAUUGUCUAAAAUGUUGUUAUUUUCCGUUAUUUGAUGAGAUUUUUAAAUUUUUCAAAUUUUUCAAAUUUUUUGAUUUUUUCACUAUUUACAAAUAUAUUACAGUUCAGACCAGAACUAAAACACUUAGUAUUUUUAAAGUUUUUUUUAUAAAAUAGGAAAAGAUGUGGAUUGAUAAGAUAUAUGAGAAGUAUAGGCGCAGAACGGAUGAAAUAGAAUUUCCGGAGGUUGAGAAGCCGAAGAAGGAAUUUGAGUGUGAUUUUGAUCGUCUAAGUAAAAUUUUACCAAGUAAUUAUUUUGACCUUAAUUCAUAUAAAGAAGAGCCUUAUGAUCCUGUUUUUAUGAAAAAGGCGGGAAUUUUCUGUAUUUCACUGGCUAUUCUAGUGCUUUCACUGACACUUUAUAUGCUCUAUCAUUGUAAAAAGUCCUCUUGUGCUGAUUGUCUGUUAAAUUUGCACAAGUUGCCUUGUGAUUCUUGUAAAUCUUAUGCCAAAGAGUUUAUUAAUAAUGUUACAUCAGUAGACUAUACUAAUGUUGUCCCAUACAAGUUGUUGGUCUACUUAAGAUAUUCGGAUAAUAAUACUUGCAGUCCAGUGUAUUGUAUUUACAAUAAUAUUUGGAAAAGUGAAACACAUUAUGAAAAGUGUUACUACUCAAAUUUAAUAUUUAACACAAUCGUUUUGUUUUUGUUGUUAUAUUUUGCACACAGACUAUCGAUGGUAUCAUUUAAGCACUCAAUGCCUGCAGUGGUACCUAAUAAAUAAUUUCAUAAAACUUUUGUA